AUGUCCGAUGGAAUAUCCUCCAGCGACAAGAUCUCGGCUGAUGGGGAGGACUAUUACACUAAAGUGCCUACCAGACCUGUUCCCCCAAAACCCUCACCGGCUGCAAAGCCUCCUGUCACAGAGGACAUCCUGCGGAGCCUAUUAGAUGAGUUACGCCGGAACAUUGCAACCGACAUCGGGCAGUUCCGGGAGGAAAUCAAUGGUGUAUCGGCACGCCGGCAACACACUGAACUGAACUCCGCGGAUCACGAGAACCGCAUACAAACACUAGAGAGACAGAUGGCUGCCUUACAACGUGACCAGACACAAGCUAAAGAAGAUCUGGCAGUAAUGGAAGACAGAAGGCGCUGGAAGAAUAUUAAAAUCAGAGGCCUGCCUGACACACUAGCACCUGCAGAGCUUCCGCACCUAUUUCGCAGGAUGCUCACUGCUUUAUUUCCCGCCAAACAAGCCAAGGCGAUGCCUCUGGAUGGAUGGUACAGAAUCCCUAAACCAACCGCAAGCACCCAGAGUGCCAGCAGGAACACCGUCAUCCGCUUCCAGCAGAGCCAGGACUGA